CUACAGAAGUGCAACGCAAGAAAAUAGGGUUAGGUUCUUGAGACUCAAGUUACCCUCUACCAACAGCAAUGGCGACUCUUCUGCCUCCUAAAAGCAAAAAACAGAAGAAGGAACAUGCUAAUCCAAUCUCAAUAGAGGUUCCGGAGAAUUUUCCUCUUGUACAAAUUGAAUUUAAGGCCUCAGAUGGCUCCAAUUCUAUUUCUUCACUUUUAGUUCCUGGAAACAGUUCCGUCAAGCAAUUGGAAACACUUGUGAACCAACUUAUUGGAAAUAAAGAUGAUCCUGUUCCAUUGACGUUCGCUCUUGAAGGUGACGCUGGUUCUAACUUGGAAAUUCCAGACAAUCUUUAUUCUACUAUCUUUCAGCCUGGCUUGAAGAAGACAGAAGAUCAUCUAACCAUUCUUUAUACUCCACAGGCUAUCUUCCGUGUACGGGCUGUCACAAGAUGCAGUGCUGCCAUGAAUGGUCAUGACGGUACAAUUAUCGCGGCUCAAUUUGCACCUAAUAACAGCUCUCGUCUUGUUACUGGUAGUGGUGAUUUCACUGCCCGUUUGUGGGACUGUGACACAGACACACCGAUCGCUACAUUGCGUGGUCACAGAAACUGGGUUUGUUGUGUUGCCUGGGCGCCUGAUGCCUCGGUCAUUGCUACGGGUAGUAUGGACAACACUAUCCGGUUUUGGGAACCAAAAAAGGGUCUUCCUCAAGGAGAACCUUUAAGACGACACACAAAGCCCAUAAUGUCUCUGUGCUGGCAGCCAUUACAUCUUUGCAAGAAUAAUGAGUCACCGAAAUUGGUUUCUGGCUCUAAGGAUAACACCGUCCGAAUUUGGAAUCCAAAAUUGCGCACACUUCUGUUUACACUUUCUGGUCACACUGCCCCAAUCACUUGUGUGAAAUGGGCUGGCAACGAUUGGAUCUACUCCGCAUCUUAUGAUAAGACAAUUCGCGUUUGGGAUGCCAAAGAUGGAAAAUGCCUUCACAUUUUGCAGGCACAUGCUGCUCGUAUUAAUCAUCUUGCUCUUUCCACUGAUCAUAUUUUGCGUACAGGUGCUUAUGAUCAUACAAACUUCAAGCCAAAAUCUCCAGAAGAAGAACGUGUACGUGCUAAGGAAAGAUAUGAGGAAGUCAUUAAAUCACAGGGAGAGGAGCGACUUGUGUCUGCCAGUGAUGACCUCCAAUUGAUGCUUUGGAAUCCCUUAAAAUCGACCAAGCCUAUUGCCAAAAUGCAUGGUCAUCAAAAAGUUGUUAACCAUGCCUCGUUCUCUCCGGAUGGACGUUACAUCGCUACCGCUAGCUUUGACAAUUCGUUGCGUUUGUGGGAUGGUAAGACGGGUAAAUUUAUCGCUACUCUCCGCGGCCAUGUUGCUUCUGUAUAUCAAUGUGCAUGGUCAAGCGACUCCAGACUGUUGGUCAGUUCAUCUCAAGAUACAACUUUAAAGGUGUGGGAUGUGCGCACGAAACAGUUGAAGUUUGAUCUUCCUGGACAUGAAGAUCAAGUCUUUGCCGUCGAUUGGGCCCCAGAUGGACAACGUGUAGCAUCUGGUGGUGCUGAUAAAAAAGUUCGUAUUUGGAAACAUUGAGUUUUUGGUUAAAAGCUUUAUAUUUUUUUGGAAGGCGAAGGGAAUACCUUCAUUUGACUUGUAUACCUUUCUACUAGGUUAGUGUAUUAUUUGGGUGCACUUCACUUUUCUUUCUUUCUAAAGGUUAUUUGGGUUUGUCUAUUUUAACUGAAGUAUGAGUAAAUGUCUAUUCGUGCUUUAAAUAUUAUGCGAAAAUGUUUGAGGUCUUGUUGCGUGAAAUUGAAGAGCGUGGUCGUAGUUUACAUCACGGUACAAUCCAUUCCGUAAAUGGCUUUGUCAACUUCGUGUUUAACGUAAAACCAAUCGCUUCGACAGUGUGCAAACUCGUAAACUUCUUCUGGUCGAAAUACGGAGAAUCGACUGGAAUCUGUGGUAAUUGCACCAAUUUCUUUAGAGUUCUUUCCAUCCACAAUAAAUAGAUUGGCAAUUUCUUUUAACGCCUUAAAAUACGGAGCAAUGUCCCGUUGUUUUAGCGAUAAUGCAAAUUGAUAGUACCGAUUGGCAUCACUAUAAGUAUUAGCACCAUUAGAAAAUUUGUUCGAGGAUCCGUGACAUACCUUAAGAAGCGAAUUCCACCGGCCGUAGUAAAUUUUUGCGAACGUAUGAAUGUACAAAUAGAUGAGUACAGGCGCAUACCGAUUUCUUUGUAAAACACGUCAAGGAUUUCGCGGUCAGCACAACCGACAAUAAGCUUUAGGUGAUAUUCCAAAAAUUGUACGACGUAUUGACAGGCCUUUGAAGGUUCAACGAUUCCAAUUUCCUCAGUAGCGAAGUAAUCAGGAGGUGUUAAGGUUUCAAGCAAAUAGUCGACGUGCUCCAUUAAUACAUUUAUUCCUUUGUGUAAGCCCUCGGCUGCUUUCUCAUCAAUAAGGUGUUCAAAAUUCUUUUUCUCGGAAACGGCGGGAUCAAAAGUGUCAUCCUUAACACAGAUAUUUCUCAUUUCUUCUUCGUAGAAUGCAUCGAUCAUCUGCUGGAUCAUGUCGCCAACACUAAUAAGUUCCAGGAAUUUUACAACUGGUUCGAUAGUUUCAGUUAUUUCGUUCCGCGGAUCAAAUGAGGACAAAUGUUUGAUGGCCCGGUCAAACCCAGAUUUUAAGUGACCAGUUCCCAAAACUUUCAAAAGUGUUAUGAAAAGCGAUUUGCACAGCUUUCUAACAUCAUCAUCUUGGGAAGCCGAUACACCCAAAAAUACGUUGGCUCGAGCAAGACUGUUCUUGCAAGCAUGAAUUAAACUGAGCGCCACUUCUAGAUUAAACAAUGAACUAAUUCCACUAAGUCUUUCUUUCAUAAGGGCGACUUGCAGCUUUAGUUCAUUAGUAUCCAUUGAAGCGGUACUAUUGUGAUGAGCAAAAGCGUGUGAAGCCGAGUCGGUCAGUUCUAAAGAAACCAUGUCAUUUUUGUGUUCUCCUGCGUAUAAGGUAUCUUCGUUUUCGGCGUCAUUAGUAUUAGAAAGAGAAAAGAGAGAGGUAGGGCGAAGCAUAAUUUCCUUGAACGCUUUAAGAAAAGUGUUUUUCACCAUUGACUGACUCAUAGCUUUCUGGUAAACGGACACAGUUGCAUCUGCCUUUUUUUCUAACUCAACAUUCCAAUCAUUAACAAUUCGUUGAGUUUUUGAGUUUAGUAAUUGCAACUCCUG